UUACACAGCUUACAUCACACACACACACACACACACCGGUGCGUGCUUCUGUUUUGACAGACUUGUCUCUCGGAUAACUUGUAUCAGCUACUUGGUAAGGAAGCCAUUGUUUAUUACAGAUUGCAGACGACUCUUGACUUCAUGUCCAGUCCAUCACAAUGAAUUCGACGUUGACGUAUGGUUUAGCAGGAGACGACCAGCUCCAGCGCAUGGAGAACAGCCUGCUCAAGAAAUGGGAACUGUACGAGGAACUUGAUAAACUUCUCAGCUGUGACGCAGAACAUCUGUUCCAAAAGUGUACAGACCAGACAGCUAGCUCAUCGGACCCAGACGCUUCUGUUGGCACCCUCUCAGACGAGUCCUUCAAGUUAGCUUGUGAAGCUUUCAGAACGGGGGAGUACAUAGACGCUCUCGGCCACAUUGACGAAGUACUUAAAUCCCCUAACUCGAAUAACGCGGGAAUGUCUCGGAUUUUGAGGGUCAAGGUUAUGAAUGCCAUGGAGGAGUACCUGGAAGCGCUUAGGUCGAUAGUCAACGUCGAUCAAGACCUGAUGACAUUUGAUCUGCUGUUUGAAGGAGCUAAGGCAUUGCUCAAACUGGGCCUUGUGUUGACUGCUGAGAACAUGAUGAAGAGGGUUGUGGUGGCCACAUCUGGAGACCAAGAAUGGGCCAGAGUUUCUUAUGAACUGCUGCUAGAUAUUCACACAAAGAGACUCUACCAGAAAUUUAUCAAUGAUGCCCCCGUCGUAGUCGGCUUAACAGAACAUGGACGAGGUUUAUUUGCGACCACCGCUAUCUCUAAAGGAACUGUGAUCUUCAAGGAACUCCCCGAGCUUUGCGACCAAGCGAUGCCAUCUGUUUCCAUUUCAGCAUGUUCUCAUUGCGGACUUUCUCUCGUCAGACCUCAGGACGUUUUCUCCAAAGAACAUCUUGCAGUGCCUGAUCUACAGAAGGCUGUGAAAAAGUUUUGGCUGAAAAGGCCCAUAACUUUUUGCAAAAGUUGUGACAGAGUUAUCUUUUGUAGUGAGGCGUGCUGCAAGGAAGCAUGGGAAAGAUACCACAAACUUCUCUGCCCGUCACAUCCAAAUUCCAGUGUGGCCAUGUUGUACGAUGUCAGAUAUUCGUUUCGAAACGUCAUCCCAACAGAUGGCCAGUCUUGGCAGGGUUGGUGGAACGCACAGUUCAGCCCAACCCUGAUGGCCAAAAUGUGGGCCUCCAUCAUCUGCUCAGCGAGGUCGGCCAGUGAAAGAAGGCAGGUGUCCUUGCAUGAGUUAAAAGCGGCUUCAUCUCAAUUUGAUAAGUACUGCAACAAUGGUAAAGACCUGACACAUGAAGCGAUCCCUAAGAUGUUUGAGCUGAUGGUGAAUAUAUUUAAAAGGUCCAAAUUGGCGCGCUAUGAGAUCACCCCCUUAGAGUUUGACACCAGACACCGCCAGGCCCUCAUCAACGGCAUCCAGUUCCACGACACCAAAGACUCUCUGAACAAAUUCGCCAACAUCAUGAGAGAGGACCCAAAGAAGUACAAGAAAAUCGGCCAGUUCUUCGCCGAGAAAUUGCCUAGAGCGGAAUUUCACGGGUUCUUUCCCUUGGCUUCUCUGAUCAACCAUUCGUGUUACAACAAUGUAGAGAUAGUCAGCGGGGAAGUGGACGAGAAGCCUGGCAUCUGGGUCAAGGCCGUGAGAGACAUAACCGAAGGUCAGCAACUAUUUAUCGCGCUUGUCAGUCCAGAGAUGACGAAGAUGGAAAGAAGAAAAAGGAUUUGGAGUCGCCACAAGUUUCUCUGCCAAUGUCCAAGGUGUGUAUUUGAAGGCGACGGCCCACACCAAUGCACACAUUGUCGUAGGAAAGCGGAAGACUUUGAAUCGGAUUCAAAUGUUGCACAUGUUCGCAAUGACAACAAUAAGCAGCCAGGCCAAGACGCAUCCUCUGAAACCACAAUCUCUUCGCCUACUGAGGGCACCUCAAUCAUCAAAUGCAACGAACGUGGGUGUUCUCAGCUUCUUACUGAUGCCUCUAUCACAAAUAAAGGCAGCCAAGACAUUCUCGAGACUCCGGAGUCAACGCCAGAAGUGCUGGGCACUUCAAGUGUGAACACUGCAGUCAACCCGGACGCAGACUCUAUAAACUCUGACUUGUCCAGCGCUCUUCUUAGCUCACACAUAAGCAGCAAUGCAGAUCACCAAAAUUCACAGAAAACAGAAUCGUCAAACGAAGUCGAGAGCCUUACCAACCCGAAAACCAUUCCUUGUAUGACAUGUGCUGAGGUCGAAGCUGCUGAAGAGACACAGAAAAGACAAACACCGGCAAAACUUGAGCCAUCUGAACAGACUGACGCCAAACGCGUGAAACAUUUUCCUCACUGUGGGCGAUGUUCUCGUGCCUGGUACUGCUCACAAGCGUGCCAGAAAGAUGCUUGGAAAAAAGGGCACAAAUUAAUUUGUAAAAAGUAACAGCCAACAACGAAAUGUACCGGAAAUAUACAUUUCGUUUACUUUCCAUUGAAAGUGCUAUUAGCUGGCAAAGUUUUCGGUGGCUUAGCUGGCAAGGUAUUCGGUGGCUUAGCUGGCAUUUUCUUUAAAAAAAGUUUUAAAAAUAAGUUUUGUAUUUUUAAAAGGAAUUUUCGGGUGGUGAAAAUCAUCUGUCCAAUUUUAUGUGUCUUAGCCCGUGUUUUAAAAUCUAUCACUUGUAUGAGUAUUGUACUUUCAGUUAUAGGUCCUAUUAACCAUUUUAAGAAAAAUAUUUUAAGAUUUUGAGAAUUCACGAAGGUCGAUGUCUGAACUAUAGUGCACGUUAUAAUUCAAAAGAUAAAGAUUUCCAAUUAACAGUUUUUCUCAUAUUUCCCUAAUAUGAAAGAUUAAUCUACACUCUUCCACUUUAGCCAAUGUGAUCUUUUUACUUUACCACGUACUAUGACGAAGAACCGCUGUUGUGUGUUUGAAUAAAAGUACAUGUAAUUAAGAUUGUGCAAAUGCGGCUGUGGAAAAAAGAAUAGAAACACGUUAUAUAUAUAUUUUGUUUUGCAGGUACUCCUACUUAGAAUGUUAACUUGUGUUUGUAAUUUGUGUCUAUCUUCGAAUGUUUGAUUUUUAAAGAGUUUUACGCUAAUAAAUGAA